UGAGAGAAGAUGGGCUGUGGACAUUCCUCACCAGCCACCAGCAACAACAACAACAACAACGAAAACAACAACAGCAGCAACAACGACAACAACAACGACAACAACAGCAGCAGCAGCGACACUGGAGGGCUCGAGUCGUCAUCAAAGAUACCAGAAGAGUCCGUGAUGGAGGACGACAAAUGGAAGAACUAUGGAGGUGUGUAUGUGGGUUUUCCUGGAGAUCUGAGCAACACUCCUCAAAUACAGAUAGGACCACUCAAAGAUCAUGAGAGAGACCUGUCGUCCCUCAGGAGGCCGCUGUGGGGGGACGAACCCUCAUCUUAAUGAAGAGCCAGGUGUGUGUGUGUGUGUGUGUGUGUGUGUGUGUGUGUGUGUGUGUGUGUGUGUGCGUGUGUGUGUGUG